AUGUCUUUUGGAUUCAGCCCAUCAGAUGCCGUGAAGCUGGUGGAGAUUUCGACGAGGGUGUACAUCGCAUUCAAGGAUGCGAACGAAAACUCGGAAGCACAGGUUGAGUCGCUCGUGCGCGAGUUUCAGGCUUUUGCAAUAUGUCUUCUCGAGCUCGACGAGCUAAUGAAGGAAUUUGGCAAGCCUCUGCCCUUCCCAGUCGACGAGUUCAAGAAGACUUUGGAGAAAUGUGAAGCCAGUCUGAGGCCAUACAAAGAUAAUCUUGUCGACAAGAAGAUGAGCGCAUCCAAAUUCGUGUGGACGAUCAAGUACAUUGGGAAGGAAAAGGAGCUCGAUGGCCUCCGGAAGCAGAUCUCGGGUCAUUAUCAGGCUCUGAACAUGUGCCUUUCGUUCUUGCAGCUUAGCGCAGUUGGCGCUGCGUCCCAAUCUUCGCCGUCAUCCCCACUAGCUCUACCAGCGCCAGACGAUGCACAUCCUUUGUAUAAAGACUGGGAGAUCUUCAACAGGUGGCUCAAGACGGAAGACGAGCGCAUGGGUCAAGAUCUACAGCUCGUGCGACCAUCUUCAUGGGGAGAUACACCUGCAACCACGGGAGGUGUUGACAGCGGAACUUCAGCUGUCUUACAUCGCUUGCGAUGCGAGGUCGAAGAUGCUAUCAUGUUCGAAGAGAAUCGCGCAAAGAGAGCAGCAGUCGAGAAACGUUCACAUCUUGCACCGAGCGACGCCAUGAAGCAACAGGUUCGAGAAAUGCCGCCGGCUCCUCGGCCUCGAACAUACACUAUCGAUACCGAAGCAUCAAGCAGCUAUGAUGCGCUCCACGGUGGUGUUGACAUUGGUGGAUCACUGGCAACACUUCGACCAAAUCCGGGCACGGCGUCGCCAGCAUUAGGCAGUCCGCAGACCGAGCAAGAGUACUUCAUUUCAAACCAAUGGGCACAAUCACCAAUUGCCUCUUCGAUAUCGGAGAACCUAAAUCGAUCAUCGGUAUCGACAAUGCAGAGCAUCUUCCCAAAUGGACAUUUGUCGCCUUCACUCGGUCUAGACGUAGAUGCAACAAGUACGAUUGCUACGUCGCCAGAAGAUGCAUUGUCGUUCACUUUGCGUCAUGUGCUUUCGACUGCAUCUUUGGUGCCACUCAACAUUGGCGAUGCUGCGCUGCAAUGGACAGAUUUGGGUGGCAAGGCGAAAGUCGAGCGUAAAUCAUCCGAACGUGUCAGCGGCCAGGAGAAGACCGUAUUUGAGACUCAGGAAUGCUAUCUGCAUUGGAAAUACCGUGAAGAUGGAGGAAUUUCGUUGCGAGCCACCUAUCGCUCAAAGGAUAAAAAGGCCAAGUUAUGGAGCAUUCAGGAUUUUCCUGCUCUUGGGCCAUCGAUUCCGCUCACGACGACGAUCGAUGGAGACAUUUCCGUCGAUUUCCCGAGAGGAUCUUUUGGUCGUUUGAACAAACAAUGGUUAGACAUCAGGUAUACGUUCAGCAAUUCAGAGUCGUCCUCCGUCUUUCAAACUCUGCUGUACACCAAUAAUGGAAAAGACGCGGCUGAAUUGAUGUUCGAUCGACCGAUACGCACCAUCUCCUCGGACAAGCAUAAGCCAGAAUGUCGUGGCAGGAAUUUGCGCCUUUGGCGACGUACCGAGCUGCACCUUGAGUCAAAUGGGCUGAUGAACGCUGAUGUGCUGAUCUUUUUGUUCUAUACCAGCUGUCUCGAGGGAAAAGGCCAUUGGGUCGAAGAGCCACAUUAUGCGUUUGAGUGGCUCACGGAAUCCGUGUACAAGAAGGACAGCGAUAAAUUGACCCUGUCUUAUUCGAAAGACCCGAGCAGAUGGACGCCUGACAAGCUAUUCCAGAGACGUCGAUCCUCUCAAGCAUCAUCGAGCAGCAAUGGCCAGACAAGCCCUACCAGCAGGGCGCGACAUGACUCAAUGGAGAGUCCUGGGAUCAUACGCUCAGGCACAGGUGGUUCUGCGGCUUCAUCAACGGCAUCGAUAAGGACGUCGCGGUCGUUCUUUGGUAGGAGCAAGGCAUCAACCCGCAUCGGAAACAUCAAUUCCUUCGGCUACUCCAAACUCGAUAUCGAAUUCCAAAGCAGCAAGGAUCGCAGGGCGUUUUUGGAUGUUUGGAAACAGCAUGUUAAGCCUUUGGGAAGUUUGUAA